AUGCGGGACAGGACCCAAGAGCUGAGGCAGGGGGGUGACAGCUCGGACGAUGAGGACAGGGAGCGGGUCGCGCUGGUGGGAGGCACGGGCACGGCACGGCUGGGGAGCCCGGACGAGGAGUUCUUCCAGAAGGUCCGGACAAUUCGGCAGACUAUUGUCAAGCUGGAGAAUAAAGUCCGGGAGCUGGAGAAACAGCAGGUCACCAUCCUGGCCACGCCCCUUCCUGAGGAUAGCAUGAAGCAGGACCUGCAGAACCUGCGCGAGGAGAUCAAACAGCUGGGGAGGGAGAUCCGCGGGCAGCUAAAGGCCAUUGAGCCCCAGAAGGAAGAAGCUGAUGAGAAUUAUAAUUCAGUCAACACAAGAAUGAGGAAAACGCAGCACGGGGUCCUGUCCCAGCAAUUCGUGGAACUCAUCAACAAGUGCAACUCCAUGCAGUCCGAGUACCGGGAGAAGAACGUGGAGCGGAUCCGGAGGCAGCUGAAGAUCACGAAUGCCGGGAUGGUGUCUGACGAGGAGCUGGAACAGAUGCUGGACAGCGGGCAGAGCGAGGUGUUUGUGUCCAAUAUCCUGAAGGACACGCAGGUGACGCGGCAGGCCCUGAACGAGAUCUCCACCCGGCACAGUGAGAUCCAGCAGCUGGAGCGCAGUAUCCGUGAGCUUCACGAGAUCUUCACCUUCCUGGCCACGGAGGUGGAGAUGCAGGGGGAGAUGAUCAACCGGAUCGAGAAGAACAUCCUGAGCUCCGCAGACUACGUGGAGCGCGGGCAGGAGCACGUCAAGAAGGCGCUGGAGAGCCAGAGGAAGGCGCGGAAGAAGAAGGUGCUGAUCGCCAUCUGCCUGUCCAUCUUCGUCCUCAUCCUGGUGAUCAUCAUUGCCGUCACCGUGACGACCUGA